AUGUCGCCGACCGAGUUCGCUAACUACAUCAAGCAGCGGGCGGCCAUGCAACAACAACAGCAACGUCCGGCGUCGCCGGUGCAGCAACACCACCGGGGCGGCCAGAAUGGCGACGCGGCGUCCAACUACUUCUUCCAGCAGCAGCAGUACAACCACCAAGGCGGCGUUGGCGGUGCCGGUUACCAAAGGCCGCGGCAGUCCAACGGAGGCGGUUAUCACCGGAACAGCGGCAACAUGGCCACCGCGGAUUACGCACCACCGCAAUUGCAGUUCGCCAGCGGCGGCGGUAGCGGUUGGCAGAACUUCGGAGGCGAUUUCGGGCCACAACACUUUCGCGGCUCGCCCAUGGGUCCGCUGUCACCGGCCAAUUAUGGGACGGGACAACAAAUGCAGUCAGCCGUGACUCCGAUGCAUCAGCAGCAGCAACAGCAGCAGCAGCAACAACAACAACAACAGCAAAAGAUGCAGGACAACUACAACGCCAUGGGACUGGGAUCGUCGACGUCGUCGUCGUACAGGUCCAGUCCUUUCCAACAUUUGUUGGUGGCCAACUGA